AUGAAAAUCAACACUCUCUUCUCCCUUCUGCUCGCCACCCUCUCGACGGGGGUGACCUCCACCCCAAUUCCCAACGCGGACCCCGAUCCUCAAGCCCACGGUUCCAUCCAAUCCAUCAACCUCGACAGCAGAUCCGUGCACAAUGUCGACCCCCUCCGCAAGCUCCCGGACAUCCACACCCGGUCCCUCGACCUGCCGCUGGCGGCCGAGCUAUUCAGCCGCGAAGAGGGAACCCCUCGGAACGACGACGACGACAACACGCUCUACACCCUCCUCACGCGGGACAACACCCCCAACGAGAACAAGAACGACGACAACAACAACAACGAGGAAGACGCGAUAACCAACCUAACCCCACGGACCUCCACCUCCGCCCACCAAACCAUCGAAGAAACCAGCACCUAG